AUGUCAAACGAAAAUAGACUAAUAGCAGCUAGAAUCGUAGAUGCUAACAUGAGCCAUCUACUGGCCUUCCUUGGGCUUUGCCACCACCCGAAGGAGCAACCUCUUGGACCGCCGAUCUGGCAGUUCCAUCACGAUGGACAGCUCCUCCAGGAGUUGGAGCUUGCACCGGACGCGGACAGUUAUCCUCAUGGCUAUAGGCUACAGCUAUGGGCUACACUAUGGAGCUACCUCUACACAGCUACGCUACUCAAGUGCGACACUUACCCUCGGCAUGGCUGGGAGAGACUCCGCCAGGAAGGGAGCAAGCUCCGGGGGCAGUGGCGCCCUGCACCGCCCCUCGCUGCCCCACCCCGCCUCCUAGGCCACCCCACACAUUACUCUCAUCUUACAGCUACUGUCUUAUUGACAAUAUAA